AUCAAGCAUUCAAUAGCCCUGCGGUAUAACUACAAAACAAUCCCCUUCGCAUCCUGGAGGUGGCGAUAUCUCAUUUUUGUGCUCCAAAGGAAAAAGGAAGCACUUGGAAGGCUACGAAAAUGGCUGAAGUGGUCGAGCUCCAAAAACUGAAGUUAGCUGAGCUGAAGCAGGAGUGUGCAAUCCGUGGGCUGGAAAUUAAGGGCAACAAAGGGGAUUUGAUUGCACGGCUGCAGGCAUACAUUGAUGAACAUGAAGAUGAUGUCAAUGAAGAAGUCUUAGAAGAGUUUACAGAGGAGGCAACAGCACCUGAGGAAGAAGUCGAGGAAGAAGUCCAAGAAGAAGAGUCGGCUGCACCCGAAACAGAGACGGUGAAAAAAGUUGUCAAAAUCAACCUUUCUGAGCCAACUGAUGAGAGACUGCAGAAAAGAGCAGAACGCUUCAAUAUUCCUGCAAACCCGGAUAGCAAGAAGGCUGCACGUGCUGCAAGGUUUGGACUGCCAGCAACAUCAGUGCCCUCUAAAGGAAUUUCUGCUGUUUCAAAAACCAAUGUUGAUGUUGAGGUCUUGAAGAAGAGAGCAGAGCGAUUUGGCAUGAACGUCUCCUCUGUGUCUAAGAAGGUUGAAGAGGAUGAAAAGCUGAAAAAGAGGAAGGAGAGAUUUGGAAUUGUCACAAGUGCAGCUUCAGCUGGACCUGAUGAUUCUGAGGCAAAGAAGCGAAAACGAGCAGAGCGGUUUGGAAAUGUGUGAUUGCAUAAGGCUUUUUUCUUUCUUUCUUUUUACUUUUUUGUAUUUUUUUUUUAAAAUCUUUCAGCUAUUAGAACAUCGUGUACUUUAGUCACUGGUUGUUUUGCAAGUUCUGUACAAUAAACAUCUGACAAAUUUCUA